GUAAAAGACGUGAAGCAUGCACAAUUACUGCAUGACAGCUCCACUGCACAGCGUCUUAUAGUGAAUGCAUGACUCAAGCUUCACAAAAUGUCGCUGACAGAAGACAGAUUUUCCAUGUCUGCAGAAAAAUAUCUGAGUAAACAUCAUGUGAUUGUUUACCUGGAAGAUGCCAUGUCUCAACUGCUCACCCAUCGGGAAGAAAACCCUAUGGAACCACUCAAGUUUUUAAGCAAGUAUUUUAACAGUUUACGUGAUGGGAACCAUACAAUGUUCAGAGAGUUUGCCUUCAUCAGGAGCACACCACAUAAUCGGGCUUCAUUUGUGUGCCUCUUUUGGAAGUGUUUUCGACUGAUUGGAAAGAAAGGAGACUUACUGAGCAUUCAAGAAUAUCAUUCACUGCUGGGGUUGUUGUGCACUGACUUUCCAUUUCAGCUUGUCCAGAAAACUGCAAGGAUUGUCCUUAUUGAUGAUGCACUGGAUUGUCUCAUAUCCUUCUCAGACUUCAUUUAUGCCUUCCAAGUUCAGUUUUAUUAUGAAGAAUUUUUGGACAAGUGUGGUGAGCUGUACAAGUCUUUGCUGCAGUCCACAUAUAAUCCAAUGGAGCCAGUUAUUGUACCAACAUCAAGCAGUCAAGACAUAAAGGGUGUGCACCACAGCCAGCAUAUGCCUGCAGAUGGUGUUGAUGCCAUGCAGUUUUUCCGCACCAUUUAUCCACUUUGUGAUCGUGUUGAUUACAGCACACCACCAGUGGCCUCACUGAAAGAGAGUCUUUUUUCAACACCUCGCAUUUCCUUCUAUGGUUUCUUGAUGUCCAUCGCAAAGAAUGAAGCCAUCAAUGAACAUAUAGGUCGCCUUCCACCAAAGAAUGAGCUUUUGGAAGGAGUAGAUCCAGAACUGACAUCGCCACCUGUCAAAAUUGCAGCAGCCAGCAGCGGACGGAGUAGCCUAACUCUGGGGUCUUCUGUACAGAGAACCACUUUGAGUAGUACAGUUAAGCCUGCUGUGAGUAAGGCUGAUCCUAACAACAUAAUUUCAUAUAUGGUGCGCAACAAACUCUCAGAACAUGUGCAGAGGAUCCGGAGCAGCAAACGAGCGCAAGUGGCAUCAUCUGACAGUGACGACACCAGCACAGACACUUCAGAUUCGGUAUAAGCUUGAAACUACUUUAGCAGAACAUUUGCAUUUUCUGCAGUCAUUAUAAAUGUUUUAUUUCACAUCUGGUCCUUUUGUUCCCAUAAUUAUUAGCAUCAGUUAAGCUUUUCCAGGCACAAUUUACAAUAUGAGAGUGUAUGUGUUCUCUAGAAGGUGUUGAAGGUUAAACUUUUUUGAGACCAAAGGAAAGAGCUGAAGGGUACUGCUUGAAUUUGCAGACCCAGCUGGCCAGACUGGGACAGUCAAUAUCCAGUUCACAAAAAAGAAAAAAAAAAAAUUGGUGCUGGGCAGACUGCUUUUCCUUACUUUUACAUUCCAAGCCUUUAUAUACCUCCAAACCAUUUUUUUGUAAUGGUUUUGUCAUGCACUCCUGAUUAUGCAUUUAACUUUUUACCUUGUUUCGAUGGUAGACAAGUUUCAAUAAUACUGCUUGUAGGAAAGUGUUGCAUAUUAUAUAUUAUAACUAUUUUACAACACUUCCAGAUCAAGGCAUACCUACACAGCAAUUCAUAUUAUGGUCAAACUAAGCACAAACACCAAUGGAAAUAGCAAGAGUUAAAUAGAAAUACUAUUACAAAAGGGUCAAUUUGAAUAAUCAUAUUAAGGAAAAUUGUCUGACAUGUUAGGGAAAAGUUCUAAAAAAAUAUGAGAUUUGUUGAUAUGCUUUUAUUGAAGUCCAGAAAGAUAAGCGUGUGCCUCAUCUGUGACCAUUUUAUAGUAUAUCCAUGCCAUUUUAUAUCUUUGGGAGUCAGUCAAGUUGCAGGAAAGGUGGAGUUCAUGGCUGGCAAGGCUGUUUUGAAAAUGUUAGGUGUGCAGCUAAGUUAAUAAUCUUUGAACAAAUUGAAGAGCAGAACCAGGCCAGCAAUUAUAAAGAUCCCUCGAUAGAGUGGAAAAUGUA